AAAAAUGUCGGUCGAUAUGGAUCGACGUUGACGUGUACACUUGAAUUUUCUUUAAAAUGAGGCCUUCUCUCAGUUUUUUGCUGAUAUGUGUGUUUUUCUUCUUCAUUUUGAAAUCAAUAUACAGUCUGAUUGGAAUUUUCCAAUCGCCAACUUGUAACAAAGGAGAUGUAUGUUACAAAUCCUUCCUGAAUUCAAAACCUAAACUUGACCUCUUUGUUUUUGUUUCUGAUAAUUCAAGAUCUGGCAAUUUUGACGAAAUACUGCACCAACAUAACUUCGAUUAUACAUCACGCUUCGAACGAGAAGUACCUUUAGAGAUUUCUAAAACUACCAGAAACAAUGGUAGUAUCUUUAUUCACACGAUCCUUGUGCCCAGUAAAUCGAACUAUGAAGAUAUCAACCUAGAAGAUCUUGUAAAAGUACCAGAAUCUACUUAUAUCAAAAAUAGAUUGACAAAAUAUGCUGUUCCAAGUAGUGCAACGUUCAACUUGCUCAAUGAACAGGCAAGACAAGCUGCCCUAGUGAGGCCAGUAACUCAUCUACGUUCCAAAUAUGCUGUGAUAAUGUGUACUGACAACUUAGACAUUCCUCAUUCUGAUAUCCCUAUGGAAAUCAUGAGACAUUUGAGAAUCAAUAGAAAUAGAGAGUUUUUGCCAAUUGCUCAGGCAGACCUUUUGAACAUGAGACUCAGAGAACUUGUGGAAAUCACUCCAGAAACCAGAAACUUGAAUUUCACUUACCAUUAUACUCCUACUUCUUUAGGGAAAAUGAGGUUUUUGCUUCAGAUUGAAGCAACUCUUCAUCAGUUCUUGGAAUUAGGAUUCACAGAAAAGGAUUUGGAUGAAGUUAAAGGAGUUUUUGCUGAUACAAAUUUAUAUUUGUUAUGUGCUACACUGUGCAUUGGUAGUAUUCAUCUUCUCCUUGAUUUCUUGUCAUUCAAAAAUGAUGUGAGUUUUUGGAAGUCUCAAACUUCCAUGGCAGGACUUUCAACUAAGACAGUAUUAUGGAGAGCUUUCUCUCAGACUAUUGUUUUUCUAUAUUUGCUUGAUGAAGGCACUUCUCUCUUGGUUUUGGUGCCUAGUGGUAUUGCCACAAUAAUAGAGUUUUGGAAAGUAAGCAAAGUAUUCAAAACCACGAUCUCUUGGACAGGCCUGAAAUUCAAUACUAGCGAGAAAGAAACAAAUGAUGAGAAAAAAACUAGAGAAUAUGAUGAGGAAUGUAUGAAAUAUUUGAGUUUUGUGUUGUACCCUUUGUGUAUUGCAGCUGCUGUAUACUCUUUGUUGUAUCAACCUCACAGAAGUUGGUAUUCUUGGACGAUAAACAGUCUGGUGAAUGGAGUGUAUGCUUUUGGGUUUCUCUUUAUGCUGCCCCAACUAUUCAUCAACUACAGAUUGAAAUCGGUCGCUGCGUUGCCUUGGCGCGCAUUCACCUACAGGGCGUUCAACACGUUCAUCGACGAUAUUUUCGCAUUCAUCAUCACUAUGCCCAUGGCUCACAGGGUGGCCUGUUUCAGAGAUGACAUUGUUUUCCUCGUUUAUUUGUACCAAAGAUGGUUGUAUCCUGUGGAUAAAACUAGAACUGAUGACAUUACUGGAGAGAUUAUCCCAGGAGAUGAGGUCAAAAAUAAAAAGAAGGACCAAUAAUUUAUUAUUGUUGUGUUUGUGUGUUCGUUUUUUAUUUAAUUAAAGUUGGAAGUAUUCAUUU